UCAAUUAUUAAAUUAAGUAUAAAAAUUUAAUAGAAAACAACAAAAGAAGUAAAGGCUAAACAGAAAACACAUUAAAUAUAUAAGUAAGUGAUAAUCUUGUAUUACUUUACAUUUAUAUUUAUAUAAUUUAUUCUCAACUCAUUUAAUCAAAUGGAUUAAAAAAUUAUGCAAUAAGGCAGAAUAUUUAAAAAUAUUAAUUCCAUAAAUGGGAUGAAAGAGUUUGCUAGUGAAAAAAGUACUCUAAAGCUUUAUGUUGACAACACAAAUUAGUCAUAAAAUUCAAUGAACAAUAUUAACUUAAAUACUGAUAGAUAGCUUCAAAUAUCUUAAAGAGGCAAUGAUGUUGAUUUAAGCAUGUCUUAACAUUCUUUUAUAUAUAAGAAGACUUCCUCAAGGCCUUCUUCGCAGAAAGUAAACAACUUAGGCUUAAAAAUUUCUGAUCUUGUGUAAAAAAAAUCUAAUACUUAUAAAUCCUACCUAUAAAAUCAAAAAAGUAUAAACUCAUCAAACCAAAGUAAAUAAAAUGAAUAACCUUGUCAAAAUUACUAGCAAAGAGCGAUUUUAAACUCAGCUAAACCACAAAAAUUAAGCUCUCAAACUUAUCAAUUUUAAGGAUUGAAAAAAGACAAUUACUUCUAAACUUAAAAUAAUAUUAUUUAUGAAAAGUAUGUCAAAGGAGAAGUAUCAAUAAUAGAACUAAAGCGAAACAAUAAUUUACAAGGCGAUUACUUAAAGCUAUCUUAACAAUCUGACAAAUAAAAUAUUCUUGACAAAAAAAUUACAUAGUUUAGUAACACAUUUUAAGAUUUUAAUGAGAAUUAAGAAAUUUUCAACUUGAGUUAAUCCUAGAAAUUGACCAAGUAAAAUAAAGUAGGAGUAUUUUAAUAAGAGCAAAUUGCUUAAGUAGGUCAUAAAAGUUAAGAGUAAAUUGAAUAAGCGAAGCUAUGCCAGUCAACAAAAGACUAAAAUUGUUAAUUAAGCAAGGAUAGUGAAUAGCAAAAUGGCUGUAAAUAAUUUUUUUUAAUGAAAAAAGAUUCUUUGAACUUUGAGGAAUGCUCUAAUAUGUAAAAAGUCAGCAAAGGAAUAAAUUCUAGUUUUGUCAGCAUUGGUAGUAAAAGUGGGUAUAAUGAACUUUUUUAGCAUGAAAAAAACUUAGUAACAAAUAAUUAAAUGCAAUCAGCAUCUCGAUCUAAUUUAGGUUGUAGCAUUUAUAAUAAUAGUACUUGCAGCACAACACCAGCAGGGAUACAUAAUCCAGAAUAAAUAACAUAGUAAUUAGUCAAGUAGAAUUUAAUGAUUUUUAACAGAAAGGAACUUUUUUCUGCAGCUAAGAGCUCAAAUACUUAUACAAACUCAUAAAAAUUAAUUUUAAGAUAAAACUAAAAUAAAAACCUCUACAAAAGUUACCUUAAUUCUUAAAGUAACUAGAUUUCAAGGUAGACAAGUGUAUAUUAAAAGAAUGUUGCAACAGAUAUAGAAAGGUUAGUAGCAAAAUCUAACAGAAAACAAAUAGAAAAACAAAUUUAAAGUUUAGAUUCUGAAAUAUCAACAAUUUUAGUUGGUAAUCAAUCAGACAGGAUAUUGCUUUCGAGGAGUAUUUAAGGUAAUCCAUAGAUUGCGGGUAUGGGAACUAACGAAAUAAAAGAUGUAGCAACCUAAAAGCUUACAUUAAAUAUCUAGAAUUUAAAGAAUAUUAAAGAAAAUAAUGUUGAGAAUAACAUAGAUGAUGACAUAGUUAUUUCUCCUCUCUUAGAGCCCAGCACGUAGCUUAAUUCCUAGUAAAAAGUGGGAGAUGAUAAAAAAAACUUUAUAAAAGACUUAAUUUAAAAAAAAAAUUAGAAAUAAAUACCACUAAUAGAUGCUCCAUUCUUUUAAAAUAAAAUCUUUCAGUAAGACACUUAAUUUGAGUUUAUGGAAAAAGUUUAUUCUCCUAAAUAAAUAAAAUAAUAAUUUCAAGAUUCUAUUUAAGUGAAUCAGUUGUAGAAAUAAAACAGCUUAAGCAUUGAAUCAUUAAGUCAUAAUUCGCCUCGAAAUAAUUUUUUAACUAAUCAAAUUGAAGCUUUAAGCAAAAGCUAAGAAAAUCUUAAAAUUAGUCAGAUAAUCUAGAAGGAGUAGGAAUAGAACUAAUCUAGUAUAAAAGAUAUAUAAUAACAGCCACUUCAGAGCAGAGUAUAAAAAUCAUAACAGCCAAAAAAAAACAACGAUCUGAAAAUAAAAUUCAUUGAUAAAAGAUUUAGUGAUAAUAUUUAACAAAAGAAGUAAGAAAAUCAAAUUUUAGUAAAAGCUUCUUCUGAAGCAGAGACUCAAACAAAUGCUUGUGAAAAGUUCUUAAAAAAUAUGGCCCUCCGUCCUAAAACUGGAAUUCCUUACAAUAGAAACAAUUCAUUGAUAUACACUCCUCGUUAAAUGUACAAUAUGAAUUAAUAAUCAAAUGAAGAAAAUGAUAAAAAACCAAAUAGUUAAAAUCCAGUAUCAAGUUAGUAGAUUGAAAGAAUUAGAACUCCAUCCUAAACUCAUUAAAAAUCACUAAAUAUAAAAUAAAGCAAUCAACAAAUACAUUAAUUUAGUCCAUGGUAAGAUAAUAACAUGGAUGAGUAAUAUGAUCAAGAAGAUUCUCUCGACUUUAUUUAAUAUACAAUUUCAUCUUGA